UCGUACUUCAGUCUGUUUUGUGACUUGUGAGUGCGUUGUGCGGGUACGGUUCUGUUUUUUGUGUUCCCCCCGUAGUUGUUUCCCUCCGUACGUAGAACCGUGUGAUUUUUCCGUUCCGAAUACUGGAUGUUAACCGUAAUACCGCCGUGGACGCGGUGUCAGAAACAAAGACUCGAUAAAAAGUGAUGUGAAGGACGAGGGAGCGCGCUCCUGCGAGAGGAUGAAACCCUGACAAGAAAUUAUUUUCUUUGAUCUGCUCCCCGAACCCUCAGACGAUCGUCCGCCAUGAUGGAUCCUCCGCUUACCAGCAAAGUUAUUCGUGCUCCGAGCCUGAAAAGGGGCCAGGAAAACGUCAGGAUUCAAGAUCGGAUUAAAUUAGAACGUGUUCUGGGUGUGACCGUGUCCAGCAAUGCGGCCUUAGACUGCGAUCAGACCAACGGACUCGUAGCGUAUCCGGCCGGGUGCACGGUCGUAUUGUUCAACCCGAGAAAAAAUAGCCAGACUCACGUGCUGAACGGAUGUCGAAAGACCGUCACGUCACUCGCUCUUUCGGGGGAUGGAAAACUUUUGGCAACCGGCGAGUGCGGACACGUGCCCAACGUUCGGGUCUGGGAUGUAUCCGAUCCACAGAACGCGGUGCAAAUCGCCGAAUUUCCCGGACACAAAUACGGCAUCAAUUGUGUGGCAUUUUCACCAGGCAACAAAUAUGUCGUCUCGGUUGGUUCCCAACAUGACAUGAUCGUCAACGUUUGGGAUUGGAGAAACAACGUUAAAGUAGCUUCUAAUAAAGUGUCGAGUAAAGUUAAGGCCGUAUCCUUUGCUGAAAAUGGCAACUACUUCGUCACCGUUGGUAACAGACACGUGAAAUUUUGGUACUUGGAGUACUCGCGCAGUGCCAAGUACAAAGAACCCGUACCUUUAAUGGGUAGAUCUGCUAUUCUCGGUGAGCAGAGGAAUAACGAUUUCGUCGACGUUGCCUGUGGCAGAGGAGAAAUGGCCGAUUCGACGUAUGCUAUUACAAAGACUGGACUCCUCUGUGAAUUUAAUAAUCGAAGGCUCUUAGAUAAAUGGGUUGAAUUAAGGACAAUUAGUGCCAAUUGCAUGGCUGUUGGUGCCGAAUACAUUUUCAUAGGCUGUGCCGAAGGCAUCGUAAGGUGUUUUAGUCCCGUUUCUUUGGAAUUCGUUACAACUUUACCUAGAACACAUUACCUUGGAGUAGAUGUUGCCCAAGGAUUGACAAUAAGUCACAUGUCUCAACAUCCAGCAAGUGCGAAAUAUCCGGACACUAUAGCUUUGGCUUUCGACGAAUGCCACCACAAAUUGACUUGUGUCUACAAUGAUCACAGUAUUUAUGUGUGGGAUGUAAAAGAUAUCAGGAGAGUUGGAAAAUCUCACUCAUUUUUAUAUCAUUCGGCGUGCAUCUGGGGUGUUGAAAUGUAUCCUACUGGCUCAGAUGCAGUCAGUGCAAUGCCACCGGGCAGCUUCGUCACUUGUUCGAGUGACGACACAAUUCGAGUAUGGAAUUUGGAAAGAGAUUUACAAUCUGACGACACUAUGUAUAGACGGAAUAUUUACAGCAACGAACUGCUGAAGGUGUUAUACAUCGAUCCAGAGUUGACUUAUCUGAAAGACCUAGAUUUGGCUGCGGCAGGUUCUGCAGAAAAAAGUGACGCCUCCUAUGAUGGGCGAAACGGAGUGAGAUCAAUUCGGAUCAGUCCUGAUGGAAAACACCUUGCAUCUGGCGACAGAUCCGGGAAUAUUCGGAUUCACGAAAUCUCUACCCUUGAGGAAGUUUGCCGUGUCGAGGCACAUGACGCGGAGGUGCUUUGUCUGGAGUAUUCUAGAUAUUCAAGAUUUUCUAAAGAAGACACACCAAAAUUAUUAGCUAGUGCCUCCCGAGAUCGACUGAUUCAUGUAUUCAGCGUGGAUCACGGAUAUAACUUUGUACAAACCCUCGAUGAUCAUAGCUCAUCGAUAACUGCCGUCCGUUUUUUUAAUCCAACGAAUCAAACAAACCAGAUCCAGAUGGUCUCGUGUGGUGCGGAUAAAAGUAUUAUUUUCAGGCAGCUUCAAGGAACACCAGGGGGUUCCCCACAGUUUGCCAGAGGUCAUAAUGCAGCUGGAAAAACAACGUUGUAUGAUAUGGAAGUAGAUUCGAGUCAAAAGCAUGUUUUAACAGCCUGCCAAGACAGAAAUAUUCGGGUAUAUAAUGUAGCUACUGCCAAACACAGUAAGACGUUCAAAGGAUCUGCCGGGGAAGAUGGAUCUCUCAUCAAAGUCGUGUUAGAUGCUUCAGGAAUAUACGUGGCUACUUCUUGUACUGAUAAAACGCUGUGUGUUUAUGACUACUACAGUGGCGAAUGCAUGGCUACGAUGCUGGGCCAUUCCGAACUGGUUACAGGGUUACGAUUUAGUCCCGACUGUCGGCACUUGGUAUCUGCCAGUGGAGAUGGUUGUGUUUUUGUUUGGAAAGUUCCUCACGACAUGGUUGUCACCAUGCAAGCACGUCUUGCCCAACAGGCAAUGCGAGCUGGAAAAAGGCCGCCACUUGUCAAUGGAGGUGGUGUAGCUGUACAUUUGGACAAUGAAACAUUUGGUGCACCUCCCCCAGAAUUUCUUGACCCCAAUGCAAAUCCAACACCACAAGGAACGAGCAUUGAUUAUCGGUUCAGUGUUGGGCAGCUACCGCUUUGGGCGAAAAAGCAAAUAACGACUGCCACUGCAACUGAGGAGGCAUCACCUCUUGGUAGCGGAGUCAGGACGCUUGGAGUUGACUUACCAAAAGGAAGAUGGGCACAGAGGGUACAACAAAGUGACGGCAUCACUGUCAAGUCAGUUUACGACAGUGAUCCGGUGAUCCCAUUCCCAGCUCCUCGGGUUGGUGGAGGUGUAGAUUCUGAUGGAGCCGGAGGCGGUGGAGGUUCUAAAGACAGUUCUAUCGAUAGUGGAACUGAAACCAAAUGCAGCAGUGAUUAUCGACGAGAUACUAUAAUCAUCAAGAGGGACGAGGACGAAAACGAGUUUCAACCAUGCCCGGAUAGUUACAGAGAAUUGGCUGAUGAUUCAAAACAGGUGAUGGGCGGUAACGUGACGAUAACUAGAGGUAGCAAUUUUUCGGAGUUGACUCGGCAAUCGAGGAGCCGCCAUCAUACAGACGAUAGCAGUCUUGGAAGUUUCAAAUUUGAGGACCACGAAAGUACCGAGCAUGAUGGCGAUGUCGAAGAUUACUCAGAGGGCGAGAAUGGUACGACCGGCUCUGAGAAAUCCCACCACCAUCAUCCACUGAUGUACUAUCCACCGACUGAGGAUAUUGUAUCCAAUCAAUUUACUGUAAAUGCCAUGGAUGUUGAAGAACUUAGAAGAUCUCAAAGGCGAUUGAAAAAGCCGCGAGCUGGAGAUGCUGCACGCAGUAAUGAACUGACAGCGUCGGGUAGUCAAGAUGACUCAGAUUCUGAGGGAGGAGCCUCAACGCCAAGCGCUGAGCGUAACCCUCUUUCAAUGCUUUCUGAAGCAAGCUCCGAAGGUUUUGAUCAGCUGGCAAAUCAGAGUCAUCGGGAGAAAUACCUAAAGAGUGCGUUCGAAUCACUCAGUGGAGCCGAAGAACCAACGAAUAUUUCGAAAACGACCAGCAUCAGUUCUAAAUUUCAUGGAAGAACAAAUUCUACUGGGGAAAGUGGUUCCAGCAGAGCUAGAAAUGUGGCUGUGAUAAAUGCAGCUAAGCAUACCCGAGGUGAUACAGAUGCUACUAAGAAGCGAGAGGAACUCCAGAGGCGAAUAGAGGAAACUAGAAGAAAAUUACAAAGUGUUGGAUAUCGGUCAUCUUUGAAAUCAAGUCAGAGUAUUUCCGACCUUAGCAGUCACAUUCCUUCAGAGAAGCAUCACCGACAAGGCAGAUUAAAUGCAGGUAAUAGAAUCGGACUGACAAUUCAAAGCAACAGAUUAAUCAAUACUAACAAACCUCCGCCAAAUCCGAAACCUAAGUUCAACCCAAAUCAACUUGCUAACAGAGUCCCACUUACUGGAAAUGCUUCUUCAAAGUUUGAAACUCCACGUGAAAAAAUUUUGCCUAAAAGCCAGACUACUGCUUGCAUAAGUGAGAAAAUAAAGCCUAAAACCAAUCCUAAACGUCCGAUAACAUUAAGCUUGAAAAAAACUGAAAAGUAUAAGCUGACCUUGAACAAGGCCAAUCAAUCAUUACCAGAAUCACCAGUUUGUGAGGAAUUAAAAAUUCUUAAAGAGCGGUGCAGGAAAAAUGCAAACCGAUUCGCUAGAUUCGCGGCCAAGAGAAAAUCAUGUAGCUAUUUUAUUGGAUUAGAUGAUAACGAAGCCGAACUUGAAAAUAUAACUAAAUCUUUCGAGAGUUUACCAGCUAUGAAUGAACAUGUUGAACAUAAAUUAGCCGAAAUGUCGGGUAAUGACGAUGAUGGAAAUGGAAGUUUUAGCGAUGAUUCGUUAGAAGGCGAUUUCAAAAACCCCCCUAGAAGAUGCGUCAGCGAUUAUUUGAUUUUCAACUACCCGGAACUUUCCGAGAAUCAGAACUAUCCAAACUAUCAAAAUUUAUGUAAAAGGAUCCUCACUCAAUCGCAAGAAAGCAUCUUGUCUGAUGUAUCAGUGGAAUCAUUCUCUAAGGGUAGUGCUGAAAUUCUGGACUAUAAUUUUGAGCAUGAAAGACAUUCCAGUGCUAGUUUUUUUCUCUCACGACGUAAGAUGCAGGCAUGCAGAAGCCAAGAGAGCAUUUUAACGGAUGAAUCUGAUUAUCAGAUGUUUCCACUGAGAGAAACCACAGACCAUAGAAGCACAGAAAGUGUUUUAACUGAUGAUUCAGACUCAUUGGUUAAAUCUGCACCGUUGGAAGUUUUGUUCGACUCUCAUUAUAAACGAAAACGUCAAAAUUCUGAAACCUAUAAUGAUCAUUCUACAAACAUUGGCAAAUCCAAGAGUAAGAAUACUCCAAAUGACUGCGAUGAGCCUAAUCAACUUCGAGCGGUAUUUAGAUCUAAAUCUUUACAAGAUACAAGAAUAAAUGCUGUGAAACCGAUGAUAAAUAACUAUCUAGAAAGUGAUGGGGCUCAGCAAAAGACAUCCAUUUAUUACGAUUAUUAUUUGGAGGAUGACAUUAAAGGAUCUACCAAGGCAGAGAACUCACGCGAUAGUGAUACAAAAUCAAAGAAUAACUCUGCGAAAUUGCUAAGUGAGCCGAAAUCAUUGCUUAUGUUGAAUGACUUUGUCGCUCACAAACCACCAAAGCCUAAACGCAAUUCAGCGAGGACCCAAAGUAUGCGAAACAGGGCAAGACCGGCUUGGAAUAAAUAUAACAUGGACACAUCACAGUCCCAAUACUCGGAAUGUUUGAAGAAUUAUCAUUGCACCGAAUACUCUCACAAUACAGAAGCCUUAAGCAGUUCAGACCAUGUUAUGACGCAAGAUGCCCCAAGUUCUUCUAUAAAAUCGGACGAUACAGAGAGCGAUAGAAGGAGACACAGAUCUGAAGAUAACUUGAAAAAAUUUGAAAAGUUCGUACGAUGUUCAAAUUAUUCAUCGCCUUCCAACGAUAGUCAAAUGGAUAAAACGAAAUAUCUCAGUUUACCCAUGAAACAGGAGAAACAACGUGCAUACUUUGAAUCUGGAUCUGGCUAUGAUGCAAAGUCAAACUUUAAAACCGAAAAUUACAAAAAUACUGAGAGUGAGGAUUUAGCAACUGACAAUAAAUUAGAACCUGUAGGCCAUAACUCAGGUCAAGAAGAUGAACACCAUAAACAUUUUGUGAGUCAAAUUCCAACAAAAGAUACGCCUGAACAAUAUGAUUCUUUAGAACCAAAUAUGGAUCCGUCCCAUGACUUCCAAUCAUCAGAAAAUGCGAAAUCUAUUUCGACCGCACAAAGUGAAAGCAAACAUAUCCUCAUGGGAGACAAAAAUGUGGAUAUUAGAAUAAGUAGAGCCAUUGAAGGAACUGUAAAACUACUUUCGAAAGAAUUCGAAAAUCUAGUACGUAGAGAAACAUACUUUGCUCAAACUAAGGAUUUUAAGCAAGUCCGUAGUCAAGAUACAAAUGAAAACUUUGCCAAGUUAGAAGCAGAGCGCGACACCAAAUGUUGGAUGUUCAAACGCGAACUCCGCGGCCAGUCAGGGGAAGACAGCGAUUGUGCAGACAUAUCCACUGUGGACAAAUCGGUGUUGGAGAGUGGAUCAUCAACAUCAGCAUCAAGUUGCACAAACUCCCCAAAAAGACUGUGGCCUCCGGCGUCGCACUGCCAAAGUCAUGCCAAAUGGACAAAGAAAUUGCCAACAAUCAACCAAGCAAUACUCCCAUCGAAACAACAUUACACAGUUGGCAGUAGUGGGGGGCGACUGUCGUCAAAAGUUGUUGACAGCGAGGAAGAGGGAGGUGGUAUGCGACGUGCCUGCUCUUUGAGCGACCUUUCCGUCAGCCCACCGAACCGGUUACUGCAUGGCCCGAUAAAAGUUUCAGGUAAGCUGAGCACCAAAAAUGGAAGCAACUCUUCCAGAGGAACAGGUAGCGGGGGCAAUGGAGGUCAGUCGAGGCACACAAUGGGGAAAGGCUAUGCAAAUCACAUGACUCGCAGCAGCAGCGUGGGUGUAUUGAAUCAGCAAAGUGAUUCUGAAUCAGACGUGGGUAUCUCUAGCGGUAGUCGAGGUUGGAAUAGCCAAAGUAGUGGAAGCAGGAUAAGCGGACUGAUGAGACCAACGAUAAGUUCUCAAAACAAAGCAAAUCAUCAAAUGAAAUCUGCAUCCUCCACAGGAAAUGGUCUUCCGUCAGUACUGCGGAGGCGUGGUAUGCAGGGAGCUUAUUCUAGUGUUAAUCUAAGUCAAGUAGGAAACCAUGAAGACUCCAGCUCGGAAGAUACAUCCUCGAAUGGAAAUUCAGGAAAACCAGCCCUACCUCCCCGACCAAGAAGUAUUAGUAUUGACCACUCGUCAGCUAGCUUAAGUGUGCCAACUGCUAUGGUCAGAAGAUCAGGAUCAACGACGACUGUUACUAAUGGCAGGGGAGGAGCCAACGGAUCGCUAGGGCAAGGAGGAAAUAGAUUAGCAUCCGCAAAUCGUAACCAACUUGAACCAAGUCCUCAUGAGCUCCCAGUCAAAGACACUGAUCAGGCCAUUGACAUCGCCAGUGCCGAACUAGUCAUGGAUAACAGUUUAGUGUCGACCCAGUUGUGCCACACGAUUGCGGAUGAGUUGACGAGAACAGCUGACAAUGUGGUUCAACUUUAUAAACGGCUUACACUUGAUAAUUCCGGGGACCCGACAGCCACAGCACUUGACAGAGACACGAUGCUGCGUGGUCUGGAAGCAUCCGUCAAGGAGGCUAUGCAUACUCUAAGGCUCGUAGCCGCCAGUGGUGCUAAUCAUAAUAAUGAUGGAGGCAAUACCACAAAUGAAGCAACAGCUAAGUUCGAAGAACUUAUUGCUGGACAGGAUCAAGGCAAGUUUGUGAACAUGAUGCAGCAAUACUCCGAACUGCUUCUAAACCUUAUGCAACAAAGAAUGGGUGGAGCUCAAACAAACCAUACAUAAUUUCAUUUCUAAAACAAAUAAGACUACGCUGUGGUUGGAAAUAGAAAGAAACUCCGAGAGUGAUUUUACUACCGAGCUGUUCUGUGUAGGUUUUGAAUGAGUGUAAAUCAUGGUUUAUACAUAAUAUGUGUCAAUUGUAACGUAUUUGAAAUGUUAGGUUGUUGAAAUUUUCUAACCAUAUCCAAAAAGACAAUUUAGAAUUGUAAUUGUGAACAGAGAUAUUGUGCGUUAGCAUUAUAAGCGUUACUUCAGUGUCAUUCUGUGAAUCGGUCAUCGAUUAAUGCCCUUUAAGUUCUCUCCAUUACUACGGAAACAUUGGCAAUGUAUUAAAAUCAAUCACUCGCAUCUACCUUAUGACGAGAUAUUUGAAAGUCACAACGAAUUCGAGAUAUCGAUGGAGUUCAAACGGCUCGUACAUUAGUAAUAAUGAUAUUUUGAAUCUUUAUGUGUUUUAAUUGAACAUUGAGAGGUCUUAUACAUGUCUAGAUAGAAGAAAUGCAACAAAAAAUUCACAUCUGAAUCGCUAUUAACGGUACGCAAAAAAACAAUGGACAAACAUAAUCUAAUUAUUGUCUGUAGUGAUCAGAUAAAAAAUAAAUAUUUUAUUGGUGCAAUUGAAUUUUUUGGAUUGCACAAAAGAUCAAAUACAUAUGUUAACAUUACUGUUCCAAUUCAAGGCCAUAGGCCGUAAAAUGCCAAUUAAUAAAGACUCGUAACUUAUGCUAAUAUCCAGCGAAUUGAUUAUUUAAAUAUUAUACGAUAAUGUAAUACUAGCAAAGGGGUUUUUAUUACUAAUCAAGAGGCUUACAUCCAAAAAGCUCUGCUUCUCUGAAUAUUUGCAGAAAAAUUGUGCAGCUACAACGUGAAAUAUAACUUUCUUCCCAGCUCUAUUAUCGACGUAUUAUUAAACUUUCUUUUUCACAAAGACAUUUUGCCAGUAGACAGAAAUAAUGGGGAACUAAUUGUACGUUAAACAAACCAUAAAUGUGCCGAGUCGAUUUGUUUGUUAGCCUGCGCAAAUAUUUGAUGGGUUUACACGACAAGUAUUUGAAACAUCGAAAAGCUCUCAUUCUUAAUAGGCAUAACUGGAUUAUUUUCUGACUCGACUUAUUCCAUAAGUUAUACUAUUCCGAGUAAAUAUUGAUGUUUCAUUUACUCUUCAAAUAACGAUUUUCUGUGUCUAGUCUUGAAUUGUUUUUUUCUUCAUCACCGAAUGUGUAUUAUAUUUGCGCAGGUCCACAAAUUAUUUUGCUAUGCAUUAGUGACAGUGUAUUUUUAUCGUAGUAGUGAAUACAUUCAGAUAUUUUUCCAUGAACACAUGUAAAUUUUAGGAAAAGGUAUUCUUGCAACUCCCUAGUUCAGUAUAAUCAUGUUUCAAUUUUAACAAUUGUGCUCAAUUAACGAAUAGACGAUAGAAAAUGAAAAUCGAACUACCAGCCGAUUUUGAUUGAAAGGAAUUGUGUGAAUUUCAGUAUGGAAUUGAAACAUUGAAAAAUGUGUAUUAUUAACACUUUUUAAUAGUUUUUGCUACCCUAGGCCUAUCUUUUCAUACACUAUUCCUUCUUUAUUUAUUGUAAAGUCGCUCAUAUAGUGUGACAAAUACAACCGUGCCAUUUAGAUUAGAUUUAGAUCAGAGUAUCAUAUUCAGAUAUGUUCAAUCUCUACCAUAACGCAACUUGACUAGAAAAUGGUUCGACAUUUCUACGCUACAAGACAAGAUGCUAUUUCUUGUGAUACAUUACUAUGGCAGAAGAUUUAUCGAAUCACUUUCUACCUCAAUUGAAUUAUAUUUAAAUCUUAGGAACCAUAGUAACUUAUAGUAUACAAUUAGUCUUGCUACUAAUUCAUCUCUCCGUUCUAGAAAACUGUUCUAUUCUGUUCUUGGAGUCUUGAAUGAUAUAAACUCGUCCCAAGUGCUUCUCAAUAUUGAGGAGUACGUAGUUGAUAAUGUAAAUAAAUUUGUGUCACAAUAGAUGCUUCUAUGCCAGAUUGUCAAUUCUAUUAGUUAACUAUGUUCCAUCUUUUGACGAUUUUUAGAAGUGGUUGAGAUGUCAAAACGCAAGAACUACUCAUACGUCAGUAUUUGAACUUAUUUUUUUUUUUUUAAUAAUACACAUUUACCACCCUACAAUUUGGUUUUAAUAAUUUUAUGUAAGCCACGCUAUUAUGCACGGUGGAUAAAGAAAUAUGUUACCGAGCAGUUUAAAUUUCGAAAAUUUUUAAUUAUCGAAUCUCAUUAAACGUAUGCAUUCACCAAUAUCGAGGCAACGUUUAUGGUCAUACCAAUAUUGUGGUACGAUACAUAACGUAUAACAUAUAAUCACAUUAACUAUUUAAAACGUGAACAUUGAACAGCUUUGGAGCAUUUGAACGGCUUUGUACAUUAUUAUGAAUGUUGUAUUAAGCUUUAGUAUCAAACAUUAAUAUUUGUCAUUUUAUUUGUAUAUAUUUAUUUGCGCUCUUUCGAACGUAGGCACUUUGACUUUAUAACAUACAUAUAAACCUGCAGGUGUAUUGUAUACGAACGUAUUACUUUUAUUAGUGUACCGUUUUGUAUAUUAUGUUAAUAAUUAAUAUAUGUUAGUUACAUUGUACGACAAUUUCUAUAAAACCUCUUGAAUAUAAA